AUGAUUCUCGACGAAUCGAAUUUGCCAAACGAAUUAUACUACCGACUCGAAAAGGAACAGAAACGCCGCCCGGCAGCCACUGGAACAGCUCCAGCACGAUGCCAGCACAGCCUGGGCAAAACACACUCCCCAACAAACACUACGACGCCUGCUUGUUCGGUGCCCGGAUCCGGGCCCCAACAACUGCUAAACAACAAUUUCGCAACAGAUGCGCCCAUUGAAAAGCUGGGCCUGGCCCUCUCUGGCCUGGUGAGGAUGAGUCAGAUUGCGAGCACUAUGGCCGUACGCAAGUGCCCGGCGAGAUUUUGCUCGCCAGUUUCUUGCUUAGCGUCAUAA